AGACCCAGGUUUCCCGGCUCUUGGUCCUGUGCCCUUUCCACACCCGCCAGAGAGGAAGAAGCGGCGCUCAUGGGGAUGCAAGGAUGUAGAGGAGCAAAGGGGGAGAAGAGGCCUCGUGAGGAGAGGUGGUGUGAGACCCGAGGAGGCGCCGGCCAAGGAACGGCGCAUGGAGAAGCGGGCGGCGCGACCCGCCGGGUGCUGGCCAUUCAGGCCCGAAAGCGGAGGCCGAAAAGAGAGAAACAUCCGAAAAAGCCGGAGCCUCAACAGAAAGCUCCCUUGGUUCCUCCACCCCCGCCCCCUCCACCGCCACCGCCUCUGGCAGACCCUGCGCCCCCGGAGCCAGAGGAGGAGAUCCUGGGGUCAGACGAUGAGGAGCAGGAGGACCCCGCAGACUACUGCAAAGGUGGCUAUCAUCCAGUGAAAAUUGGAGACCUCUUCAAUGGCCGGUAUCAUGUUAUUAGGAAGCUAGGAUGGGGACACUUCUCUACUGUCUGGCUGUGCUGGGAUAUGCAGGGAAAAAGAUUUGUUGCAAUGAAAGUUGUAAAAAGUGCCCAGCAUUAUACAGAGACAGCCUUGGAUGAAAUAAAAUUGCUCAAAUGUGUUCGAGAAAGUGAUCCCACUGACCCAAAUAAAGACAUGGUGGUACAGCUAAUCGAUGACUUCAAAAUUUCAGGCAUGAAUGGAAUACAUGUCUGCAUGGUCUUCGAAGUGCUUGGCCACCAUCUCCUCAAGUGGAUCAUAAAAUCCAACUACCAAGGCCUCCCAGUACGUUGUGUGAAGAGCAUUAUUCGACAGGUCCUUCAGGGGUUAGAUUAUCUACACAGUAAGUGCAAGAUCAUUCAUACUGACAUAAAGCCGGAAAACAUCUUGAUGUGCGUGGACGAUGCAUAUGUGAGAAGGAUGGCAGCCGAGGCCACUGAGUGGCAGAAAGCGGGCGCUCCUCCUCCUUCGGGGUCUGCAGUGAGUACUGCUCCACAGCAAAAACCUAUAGGAAAAAUAUCUAAAAACAAAAAGAAAAAACUGAAAAAGAAGCAGAAAAGGCAGGCUGAGUUAUUGGAAAAGCGCCUGCAGGAAAUAGAAGAAUUGGAGCGAGAAGCUGAAAGGAAAAUAAUAGAAGAAAACGUCACAUCAGCUGUACCUUCCAAUGAGCAAGAUGAUGAAUACCACCCAGAGGUGAAACUAAAAACAGCAGGAUUAGAGGAGGCAGCCGAGGGUGAGACUGCGAAUAACAACGGCGAAGCUGAGGACCAGGAGGAGAAAGAAGACACUGAGAAAGAAAACACUGAGAAAGAUGAAGACGAUGUUGAACAGGAACUCGCGAACGUAGACCCUACUUGGAUAGAAUCACCCAAAACCAAUGGCCAUAUUGAGAAUGGCCCCUUCUUACUGGAACAGCAGCUGGAUGAUGAAGACGAUGAUGAGGAAGAUUGCCCAAACCCCGAGGAAUAUAACCUCGAUGAGCCGAAUGCAGAGAGCGAUUACACAUAUAGCAGCUCCUACGAACAAUUCAAUGGUGAAUUGCCAAAUGGACGACAUAAAAUUCCUGAGUCCCAGUUUCCAGAGUUUUCCACAUCCUUGUUCUCUGGGCCCUUAGAACCUGUGGCUUGUGGCUCUGCACUUUCUGAGGGAUCCCCGCUUACCGAGCAUGAGGAAAGCAGUCCAUCCCAUGACAGAAGCAGGACAGUUUCAGCCUCCAGCACUGGGGAUUUGCCAAAAACAAAAACCCGGGCAGCCGACCUGUUGGUGAAUCCCUUGGACCCACGUAAUGCAGAUAAAAUUAGAGUUAAAAUUGCCGACCUGGGAAACGCUUGUUGGGUGCAUAAACACUUCACAGAAGACAUCCAGACGCGUCAGUAUAGAUCCAUAGAGGUUUUAAUAGGAGCAGGUUACAGUACCCCUGCUGACAUUUGGAGUACGGCGUGUAUGGCAUUUGAGCUGGCAACGGGAGAUUAUUUGUUUGAACCGCAUUCUGGGGAAGACUAUUCCAGAGACGAAGACCACAUAGCCCACAUCAUAGAGCUGCUAGGCAGUAUCCCAAGGCACUUUGCUCUAUCUGGAAAAUAUUCUCGGGAAUUCUUCAAUCGCAGAGAUCACAUAGCAUUGAUCAUUGAACUGCUGGGGAAAGUCCCUCGAAAAUACGCUAUGUUGGGGAAAUAUUCCAAGGAGUUUUUCACCAGAAAAGGAGAACUGCGACACAUCACCAAGCUGAAGCCCUGGAGCCUCUUUGAUGUACUUGUGGAAAAGUAUGGCUGGCCCCAUGAAGAUGCUGCACAGUUUACAGAUUUCCUGAUCCCAAUGUUAGAAAUGGUUCCAGAAAAACGAGCCUCAGCUGGCGAAUGCCUUCGGCAUCCUUGGUUGAAUUCUUAGCAGAUUCUGCACACACGCAUUCUGAGCUGGCACAUGUUGUCCAGUGCAUUGGCCCUAAAGGGGGACUCUCGUUCUUAACAGGAUUACAAGUGAGCUGGCUUCAUCCUCAGACCUUUUAUUUUGCUUUGAGGUACUGUCGUUUGACAUUUUGCUUUUUGUGCACUGUGAUCCUGGGGAAGGGCAGUCUUUUGUCUUCAGCUUAGUAGUUACUGACCCACUUUACUUCUGGAAACAAUAACAUGUCUCUAAGCAUUGUUUCUUGUGUUGUGUGACAUUCAAAUGUCAAUUUUUUUGAACGAAAAAUACUUUCCUCCUUGUGUUUUGGCAGGUUUUGUAACUAUUUAUGAAGAAAUAUUUUAGCUGAGUACUAUAUAAUUUACAAUCUUAAGAAAUUAUCAAGUUGGAACCAAGAAAUAGCAAGGAAAUGUACAAUUUGAUCUUCUGGCAAAGGGACAUCAUUCCUGUAUUAUAGUGUAUGUAAAUGCACCCUGUAAAUGUUAAUUUCCAUUAAAUAUGGGAUGGGGACUCAAAUUUCAGAAAAGCUACCCAGUCUUGAGUGCUUUGUAGCCGAAGUUGCAUGUAAUGGGCGUGAACUACUCCGAGGAGUUGUGCACACUUUUCAUUCCAUGACUGUCCUUUUGCAUUGGAUUUUAAACAACUGGCUCUGGGUUAUAUCAUUCCCUAUAUGGCACUUUAUACAAAGAAAAGACAUGCUUCUCAUUCUAAAAUACGUAUUAUAGUUUAGCACUCCCAUUCACAUUUUUGCAUAUUUUAAAUUAAAGGUACUUUUAAGGAAAAAGAGCAAUUUCCCUUUAAAAAUGUGGUAGCCUGGUACCACGUGGUGUUGCCUCCUCCAAGCCCUGUAAGUUUAACUCUACAUAGAUUAAAUUGGAUAAGAGAAACAUGUUCAGUGUGUGGAAUGAAAAAAUAUACGUAUAUUUUUUGGAAAAGCUUGCUCGUGUUUGUGUAGAACCAAGGUAUGAUAUGUACAAUUUGCAGUGCAGUGGGCAGAAUACUAACAUCUCAGAGGUAACAGGGAUUGCAUUCAUUCCAGAGACAGUUUCGUGUGUGGCUACAACACAUUUUACAAGCUUUUUCAUUGUCUUUCCAUGCAUUGAAGUUGAGAAAAUGACUUUUUCCCUUUUCAGGUUGCACACAAUUUUGUUUAUGCAUUUCCUUAAAACUGUAGAAUCCAGAACACAAACCGUAGUAGGCAAUACAAUUUUAGAAUGUAAUAUAUAGAGGUACAUUUAGCCUCUUUUAGAAAUCAGUGGAUUGAAUUUUUUUGUUUGUUUUACAUUCCUCAAGGUGCCUCGUUUUUCUUGACUUUGUCCAUUAACAUUUAUCCAUAUGCCUUUGCAAUAACUAGAUUGUGAAAAGAUAACAAGUGUUGUAACAAUAAUCCAUUGUUUG